AUGGCGAAGCGUGUAGUGGGAGCUCGUCGCAGCCUGGUCUGCCUUGCAGUGCUCUACCAGCUAGGUCUGCUGGCAUGGGACUUCACGGGUGGCGUGAGCCGUGUCGUGAGAAGAGCCCAGCCUGAUGCAAAGACAAAUGUCUUGGCGAAAGACCCGCCGGUCGCCGAGGAACUGAAGCUGUCAAACUCAACAGAAGGAGCUCUCGAGACAGAGCUGAAACAGGAUUUCGGAGCAGAAGAAAGCAAGGAGUCCAGAGCAGCUCGCAAGACCGCAGAAACCAAAGAGCGUGUAGCGGAGAAGAAGCGAAGGCUUGAAAGUGCACAGGGAUCGGAAGACUCGAUGAUUGACUGGGCCGAGUAUGCCAAGCAAGCUCGAGAAAUGGCAGCAGAGGCUGCGAAGGAUGCCGCGAAACCUGGCAAGGAAAGCGCAGCGGCACGUGCCAAAGAGUUGGCUUUGGGCUUUGUAGCCUCCGGCUUGGACUCUGCAGCCGAAGCUCCGAUCCUGGUUCCAGCCUCUGCUGCUGCUUUGGUGGUGGUGCUUGCUGCCUUGAUGUUUGGGCGCCCGGCUCCGGAGCCCCGUCCGGCCCCGGUGCGCCAGGCAGCUCCUGUGGUGCUGUCAAAAGCCCAGCCCAGCCUGAAGGCAGAAACCCCUGCUGCCGUGCCAGCCGCGCCAGUGCCAGUGAGACCCGCUCCAGCACCUGCGCCCGCUCCGCCGACAAAGCAGGACUUGCCCUGGGCACGCAGCCUGGCCAAGUCUGCCAGAGACACGCUGAAAUCUGUGGCUGAGGAGCUCCCCGCUGCCGAGUCCUUGGUGGAAGAAGAGCUGCCGGUGGCUGAAUCCGCCUUCAAUUGGGUCUCAAGCAUUACACCGGAGAAUGCCCCAGAGAAGAUCGAGAAGGAUGCUCUGCCCGCAGCAGCGCGCUUCGCGGGAGAGGUCCUGAAAGCGGGACUUCGGGCCGGCUCCGUGGGCUUGGAUUUCGCAUCGCAGAACUUGCCGGCGGCAGAGGAGGCUUUGGGCAAGGCGGUGGAAAAGGGCUUGCCGGUGGCACAGUCUGCGCUGCGCGACGCAGCUUCAGGAGCUCGAAGUCUGGCCACAGAAGGACUUCCAGGUUCGGAGACGCCACCAUCGAAUUCUGUUCUUCGAGCACUGGUGGAAGCUGCACCGGGGGUGCUGUCAAACACUGCCAAGGUGCUGGAUGCCACAGCUGACGCAGCUCCACAGGUGACAUCAGGCGUUGGGCAAGCCGUGUCAGUGGUGACUCCGAUUGCACAGGCUACACUGGGUGUUGCAUCAGACCUCGCCGAAGGGGUUUCCAACAUCCCUGGAUCAGCAGUUGAACAGGCUGCCGGCAAGUUAGCCGACACGGUGAAGUCUUCCAUACCGCCAGAUGCCGCAUCCAAUGCAAAGCAGUUGGUCGAGAAGGCAGCUUCCGCUGUCAUGACGCCGAAGAAGUGA